UCUCUAUGGUUUUCAGCCGAGGGAGGUUUUGACGCAGAGGCGGCUGGCGCUUCAGCGCGGACGGACGGGAUGUUUCGUCUUAAAUCACUUUCUACAUUGGCAGAACUGGCCCUGGGCUCUCGAUGGUACCAUGGAGGAUCACAGCCCACCCAGGUCAGGCGGCGACUAAUGGUAGUGGCUUUCCUGGGAGCAUCUGCAGUAACUGCAAGUACUGGUCUUUUGUGGAAGAGAGCCCUCGCAGAAUCUCCACCAUCUGUAAACAACCUAAAGAGUGAACUUGGUGAUAAAGGAAAGAAUAAAGAUGAAGGGGAAGUUUGUAAUCAUGACAAAAAGGCUGAAGAUAUUUGUCCUGAGCCUCAUCCAGAAGAGAAAAAGAAGAAACGUUCUGGAUUCAGAGACAGAAAAGUAAUGGAAUAUGAGAAUAGGAUUAGAGCAUAUUCCACACCAGACAAAAUCUUCCGAUAUUUUGCUACCUUGAAAGUAAUCAGUGAGCAUGGUGAAUCUGAAGUGUUUAUGACUCCACAAGAUUUUGUGCGAUCCAUAACACCCAAUGAGAAACAACCAGAACACUUGGGCCUGGAUCAAUAUAUAAUAAAACGCUUUGAUGGAAAGAAAAUUGCCCAGGAACGAGAAAAGUUUGCUGAUGAAGGCAGUAUAUUUUACACCCUUGGAGAAUGUGGACUCAUAUCCUUUUCAGACUACAUUUUCCUUACAACUGUUCUUUCUACUCCUCAGAGAAAUUUUGAAAUUGCCUUCAAGAUGUUCGACUUGAAUGGAGAUGGAGAAGUAGACAUGGAGGAAUUUGAACAGGUUCAGAGCAUCAUUCGCUCCCAAACCAGCAUGGGUAUGCGUCACAGGGACCGUCCCACCACUGGCAACACCCUCAAGUCGGGCUUGUGUUCAGCCCUCACAACCUACUUUUUUGGAGCUGAUCUCAAAGGGAAGCUGACGAUCAAAAACUUCCUGGAAUUUCAGCGCAAACUUCAGCAUGAUGUUCUGAAGCUCGAGUUUGAACGCAAUGACCCUGUGGACGGGAGAAUUACUGAGAGGCAGUUUGGGGGCAUGCUGCUCGCCUACAGCGGGGUGCAGUCCAAGAAGCUGAUGGCCAUGCAGAAGCAGCUCAAGAAGCACUUCAAAGAGGGAAAGGGUCUGACUUUUCAGGAAGUUGAGAACUUCUUUACUUUCCUAAAGAAUAUUAAUGAUGUGGACACUGCACUGAGCUUUUACCAUAUGGCUGGGGCAUCUCUUGAUAAAGCGACCAUGCAGCAGGUGGCCAGGACCGUGGCGAAAGUGGAACUGUCGGACCACGUGUGCGACGUGGUGUUCGCGCUCUUCGACUGCGAUGGCAAUGGGGAGCUGAGCAAUAAAGAGUUUGUUUCCAUCAUGAAGCAACGGCUGAUGAGAGGCCUGGAGAAGCCGAAAGACAUGGGCUUCACCCGCCUCAUGCAGGCCAUGUGGAAAUGUGCACAGGAUACUGCCUGGGACUUCGCUUUGCCCAAACAGUAACCCAGAACAGCAAGAGGGGUCACCUUCUCCACCCCACCACCCUGCUGCUGGAGCGGAGCCUUGGCACAGCCCUUCCCGCUGCUGCUUCUGGAAGCAGUGACCCUUCCUUUGAGGAAUGACUUCAGAUUCAGCCAGUUUCCCUCUCCAUCCUUCCCGUCCCGUGUUCUGCUGGGCUCUGAUUCUGCCCAGUGACUGUCCCCAUAGGUUCUCAAAAACAUGAGGAAGUCCUACACACUCAGACUGUUGGCACCUCCAACAGCACCAGCACUUCAGCACCCUGUGGAUGAAGAUUACCCACCAACCCUGGGGAACACCCAGUUCUCGACUCCUUUUUGCUGUGGAUUUAUAUUAACAAGAACAUUCCUUGCUUUUUCUCCUGCUGGUGCUUUGAAGCUCCAAAUUGGGAAACCUCUGGCAGGCAAAAGGAAGUCUGUGAUGAAGGACAGUGAGGAUGACUGGCCCGCCCUGAGCUGGCAGGAAGCCUGGGCCAGAGGAAGGGUCUGUCGGUCCCCGGCGUGGCUCUGAGGCCUGCUCCAGGAAGGUGAUGUGCACCGUGGGAAUGGAGCAAGAUGUAGAGUUUAAAGCAGCUGUUUACUGGCUCUCUCCACUCCCUUCUUUUGCUCUCAGGCUCCCUAAGAAGACUCCACCACAACUCUGGGCUUAAUGAGUAGCAGUGAUCGAGUUCAUACCCCCUGCAAGUGCCAUUUCCCUCCAGGAAUGUGCCUCUGAAGCUGAGGCCUGCUCAGAGCCUGUUUGCCCUGUGUCUUGAACACUUGUAAAAUAUCACUUUAAUUAUAACAGUUGGCAAUAAACCCCCAAAGGCUGUUGUCUCCUUUA